AAUUAAAUUAAAAAUAAAACUUAAAAACUAAAUUCAUUGCCCCUUUCCAACUCCCUUCUUCUCUCCCCUGCAUAUUCCCCGCAUCUUAAAACAAACAAACUCUUUCAGAAUUUUUCCUAAAUUUUCCACUUCUCCAAUUACACAAUUGCCCACGUUUCCAGUCCUUACUAGUUUUCUCAGCUGAAGUCGGUCGGAGCUCUCUGGAUCUCGCCGGAAAAGUUUGUCUUCCGGCAGACAAUUUCCCGCCAAGAAAUUAUACAUACUCUCACUCCGUUUAAAUCACUUCUUUCACAGGUGAAAUUUCUUUAAAUCUGAAAUAUUAAGCAGUUGACUCAUGAAGAACGGUAUGGCAGAAUGUGCUGUCUGUCAUUCCAAGCUUGUUUCUCCAACCGUAAAAACUAUUUCAAGGGCAUAUGAUCGACACAGAAGCAAGGUUUCAUCAAAGCAGCGUGCUCUUAAUGUCCUUUUGGUUGUAGGAGAUUGUAUGCUGGUUGGUUUACAGCCUGUUUUAGUAUUUAUGUCAAAAGUGGACGGAAAAUUCAAGUUUAGUCCCGUAAGUGUCAACUUCUUGACGGAGGCAACAAAGGUCGUCUUUGCAAUACUAAUGCUUUUAAUCCAGGCCAGGCAUCAAAAAGUUGGAGAAAAGCCACUUCUUUCAAUAUCCACAUUUGUACAGGCUGCACGGAACAAUGUGCUUCUUGCUGUACCAGCACUACUCUAUGCCAUAAAUAACUACCUAAAGUUCAUCAUGCAGUUAUAUUUCAACCCAGCAACUGUGAAGAUGCUAAGCAAUCUGAAGGUUCUGGUUAUUGCUGUGCUUUUGAAAUUUAUCAUGAAACGACGAUUUUCCAUAAUUCAGUGGGAGGCUCUUGCUUUGUUGCUAAUUGGGAUUAGCAUUAAUCAACUUCGAUCCAUUCCUGAAGGCACCACUUCUUUGGCUCUUCCAGUUACCACAAUUGCAUACAUCUAUACACUGAUUUUUGUAACUGUUCCUUCUAUGGCCUCUGUAUUCAAUGAGUAUGCUUUGAAGAGUCAAUAUGACACUAGCAUUUAUCUCCAGAACUUAUUUCUGUAUGGAUAUGGUGCUAUAUUCAACUUUCUCGCCAUUCUUGGGAUUGCUAUAUUUAAAG